AUGGCUGUAUCAAAUGCCCUCGCCAACGGCGUUCUUCCAACAAGCUAUUCUGUGGAUGAAUUCGCGGUACGCGACAUCAGAGAGUUGGUCAUGGAUUGCUGUCGUCAAAAUGGCGGCGGCCAUAGAGGUUCAGCCAUUGGCAUGGCACCUUUAGCUGUCGCGCUCUGGCGACACACCCUACGAUACAAUCCACAAAAUCCUUUCUGGUUUGACCGGGACCUCUUUGUCCUGCCAAAUUGGCAUGUAGGAUUUAAGGAUGGAAAAUGGAAGACUACUCUAUGCCACCGGCAUCCCGAGAUUGAAGUUCCAGGAGCGGAGGCGACCACAGGCCCGUUGGGUCAAGGAAUCGCCAACGCAGUUGGACUUGCAAUCGCAUCCAAGAAUUUUGCCGCCAGGUACAACAAGGACAACUUCACCAUAACGAGUUCCUGUAUGUAUUUCAGCGCGGGAGACAGUUGUUUACAACAAGGAGUCGCCCGAGAAGCUCUCGCCAUUGCCGGCCACCUAAAACUCGACAAUCUUUGCCUCUGUUACGACAAUAAUGCGAUUACCUGCGACGGACCGCUGGACUGGACGGCGAGCGAAAACACGAACUCCAAGUUGAGAGCUCUCGGAUGGGAUGUGAUCGAUGUUUUUACAGGUGACACAUCAGUCGACGAUGUUGUCGCGACAUUGCAGCUGGCAAAGUUGAUGAAAGGGAAGCCAGCUUUUCUCAAUAUUCGAACCACGAUAGGGUAUCAGACUGCCGCCGCUGGUACGGCAAAGGCUCAUCACGGAACGUUUACUAACAAGGAUCUUCUCCAUUACUCCGCUGGCAGCAAAGUUAAGGAGCUCUUCGACAAGAAGAAUUACGAAGGCGCUAUGAAAGAGGAACAUUGGAAAGCCACACUUCAGGACUACAUUAGCACUUUCCCAGAAGAGGGUGCGGAGCCGGUCAAGAUACUCAAGGUCAUCCAAAUAGCCACACAUGACACCGUCAAUUCUCCGUACCGAGCCAUGCCCAACGUCCUUUUCAUUCGUCCCGCUGACGGAGAGGAAGUCAUUGGAGCCUGGCUGAUAGCUUUGUCUCAGAAGAAUCGCCCGUCGAUGAUUUCGAUGGCCGAGACCCUGCCACUGUCCAAAUCCACCAGACUAACCGAACUACAAUUCGCCGUCCAGGCCGGUUCCAAGUUGACAUCGGACGGCAUCAUUACCCGUGUGGUCAGCCUGCCAUGCAUCCUCCUCUUUAGUGAACAAAGCGAUGAGUACAAAGACUCGGUCUUGUCGGACACUCCAUGUGCCAUCUCUGUCGAAGCAUACGUCUCCACCAUCUGGGCACGGUACUGUAACGCUUCGAUUUCGUUGGACUCGUUCGGGUUCUCCGGUGCCGGAUGGGCCAACUAUGGCCGCUUUGGCCUUGACACCGAAGGAGUUUACCGAGAGGUUACCAACACAAUCAGGACUUGUGAGCGGUACAUCAUCGAGACGAACUAUGAAUAA